AUGCUGCCGUGUGAAGUUUCAGCACCGCACGCGGCAACAGACGGGGCAAGAGAGGCCAUGGAGAUGAGGCUGAAGGCGCUGGAAGGGCAGCUGGAGGAAACGAGGAGGGGGUUGGAGGAGGCUGAGAGGAUCAGGGCAGCAGAAUUGGUACUAUUGAAAGGGGAGCUGCUAACAGUGCGAGGCGAGCUGGUGACAGUAAGGGGGGAAUUGCUAACAACGAGGGGUGAGCUGGCGACAGUGAAGGGGGAGCUGGACGCUCUCAAAGGUACUUUGUUAGGGCCGAGAAAGGAGUUUGCUGAACAGAGGGAGUGCGUGCAGGAAGUGAAGGAAAAGCUGGCUUUUGAAGAGGAGGUGAAGGAGCCGAGGAAAGGAGUGAGCUCGGAUGAGGCGGCAGCGAUGUCAUGCCCAACAGCGAAGCAUGUGGAGUUUGAUGUUGAAGAGGAGCUCAGGAUGCGCCGAGGGAUUCAUAGAAUGGUUUGGCAGCUUGAAGGCCAGCAGACCAUUGCCUGCACCCACCUGCCUGCCGCGAUAGGACACCACGCCCCCUUGCAUGAUCUGAACUGCCGCGCCAGGGAUGAGAGGAGAGGGGAGUUAACACGGGACACAGUGGCAUGGGGCGAUGGGAGAGGUCAGGGACGGGGGGAUGCAGGUGAGCAGGGGGGUGAGUGGGGCCGGGAUUUGGGUGGAGGGGAAGGGGAUGAGCAGGGGGGGUAA